AUGGCAGACGAAGCCAUGGAAAGUGAAGUCGAGGAUGAGGACAAAAGCGAGUCCGGCUCGCAAUCGAGGGAAAGUGAGACGUUAAGUGGCCCAAUUGGUGCCGUGAUUAAGGUCUUGGACAAGUUGAAUGGCAAAUAUGCAUUCUCCUUGAAUCAGGUAUUCUGCCGCUCUGAAACGGAUUUGACAAUCGAUCGACUCAAUGAGAAAGCAGAGCUCGUCAAUGACCUCCAAACAAGUCUUUUACCUUCGAUAAGAACUCAGCUCGUCGCUCUUUUACAGUCUCUAGAUCUCUCCGAAUACCCGAUACAUCCAUGUCCAAACCCAGAGUCAACGGCCGCAAUCUUAUCAAAACUCGAUGGUAUCCUCCAUGAGACUAGAUCCGCCGUCGAGGAGAUCGCCCUCGAAUCUCCUCUGCCGUCCGAUGAGCAUGACCACCACCUGAAAGAUUUAAAAAUAUUCAGGUUAAAUCACCUCCUUUGGAAAACUAAAGCCAUCAUACAAAACCAUCUAUGUGAAAUAUUAGGCAUUUGUGGUCUAUACAUCGUAAUGUGGGGACAUGAAGACAUGGAUCGUGAAGACUCGAAACAUCAAGCAAGACUAUCAAACUGGAGAAAAGACAUCGUGGAGAUGUCUGUCACUUGCAAGGAUCUAAUAGAUGACCUAAUUGGAUGGAUCAGCCUAUCCGACUUCGCCAUGCUUCAAAAAGAGUGGCGAGUGUCAUCAAAGAAGGUGGAUAGGAUGCUGGUCGCCUUAGUCGAGAUUAGCAAUGAGACGUAUUCGAGACCGGGUACAGAAGGUACUCAGACUGGCGGCGAAGAUGAUCGAGCGGUGAACGAGGCUCACAGGGCACGUGCCAUUGAACUGGCUCGAUCGGCCACCCCGAUUAUAAAACUAGCUCGAAUAUUUUAUGACAAACUAUCUAAACCGACGGGCAAGAAACCGUUCAUGUUGAAUGCCGGGAUCUGUUCGAAGGGAAUCGAUGCUCUGCGUGAUAAGAUGCGUUCAUUUGACACGCAGAUCGAUCAUAUUCUGGGCCUUCUAUGUGUAAUCUAUCAACCCGAUGGAGACAUUGAACCAAGGAUCAAGUCCCUUAAAAGCGUGACCUUUCAGACUUGGGCCUGCCUCGAAAAAGCUUUGCUUAGAUUGGCUUUUCACCUCAAACCGGCUAACUCGGACGGUCGUAAUUAUGAUGCUCAAAAUAACUUCAAGACUUGGUUUCUUGCUCUCGAAUAUCAGUUCCGCUUGGCGUGUUAUAAUCUCAAUCAGACUAUCACCUCUCGUUUGGGAGAUUCAGAUGGGGACGAGAGUGAUUAG